UGUAGGGGUGAGAGGGGCUGGAUUGCAUUCUGUUGCAGCAGUGCUUCUGCUGUUGCCUAUUUUCACAGAAAUUCCAGUGACCCCUCCUCUGUAUUUAUUCAAGCCCCUGGAUCUGCAUUCAUUUUCUGUUUAAGCCCUGUGCGCAGACAAGGAAUAAUUGAACCGGGUAAGAUAAUCAGAUUUCUUAAAGGGAGUAAAGUAUCUUUAGCCCUAUCUGAGCUGAGACCAAUUUGUUGUUUCCAAACCUCCCAAACCAAGCCUGGAGCAGAAUAGAGGAGACCCCGUUCCCUGGCAGAUCGACAGUCUGGUGGAGUCCUGGGUGUCUGUUAGCGAUAUGGAACCAGAGGUUAGAAAUUUAGAAACCAGUGAGAUAGUCUUGGUUUCAGAGGACCAAAGUGAGAACCACUCCUCAACCUCUGACAUCAUCCAUCUAGAGCCAGGUCGGGUGGAAUCAGAUGAAGAGGACCUUCAGACCAGCACGAUGAGCCUGCUAGGCAGUGAAAAGGAGCUGGGUGAAAUGAGGGCAGAGAUCGAAGCCGAAUCUGAUCUCAGACCUCCAGAGACUGUAGAAAUUCUGAUGUGUGUGGAAGACCCACUUGUGGAGGAGAUCGAGCUGGACGAUACCUCUCAGACAGUUUUCAUUCAUUCCGCUCUUCUGUCUGAACCUUCAGAUUUUACCCUUGCCUCUGUCCCCAUACCGGAAAUCAUUUCACAGGUUUUCGAACAUCUCCCAUCGCCACAAGAACUUCCUUGGACACCAUCUUCUACUCUUAACUUCUUAGACAAGGCCCACACCAUUGAGUCUAGUGAUGCUACUGACAUAUCUCAAGAGCAUACAUCAUCAUCUUUAGAGGGUGUAGUUCCAAAUACAGAUACUCCAGGAAUCAACACCAGUUCUUUCUUUGAUAUUCCUGUGUUGCUAGUUGGUGGCGCUGCCUUGAUGGCAGUAGUUGGAGUACUUACAUUUACAUUGAAUAGAAAGUAGCAGGACCAUAUAGACUGUAUUUCUUUUAAAUAGUUUUGGGUAGAAACGCUAUGUUUUUAAAUGCUAUUAGGUUUCCUAUUUUGUUAUUGUUUGUUUAUUGUCCCCUAAUAAAAAUGUAAUUGAAAGGCAA